GAACAAUUUUAUUGAUAAUGUAACUGGCUAUCUAUUUUGUACUUUCUGUGACCUUUUUUGUGUGUAAAAUUUAUGUUACAUUUAAGUUUAUUAUAAAACAGUGAUUCUGUUGUGAAACAAAUGAUUAUAAGGCAUGAAAUACUGUGUUUUCGGUGACUGCUCCGUUUUGUAUGGACAUGAGUAAUGCAGUCAGACUAUUUAGUCUUAACAAGGUCAGAAUUAAGUUUUAAAAUGUGAACUAGUAGUAAUAGUACUACAAGUACUUGGAUAAGUUAAACAAGUGCCGAGUAUCCUGUUUUCCAAGCAUUGUUUGACGUUAAAAUCCUAUGAGUAUGAUAAGUUUAUACUAUCGUCAUACGUAUUUAAUAUUAUAUUUAUAAAUCAUAACCUUCUUGGAGAAAUGGAAUACCAACAAGAAGAGUUCUUCAUGUACGAAGUAUUUUACUUUAGAUCAAAAUCUAUUGAAAUAUAAGCGUAAGUGAACUUUUGUAUUACAAGGAAAACAUAAGUAUUAUGAUGCUGUAGUGCUUAUACUGAAUGUUUGUGGAACUACAUAAAUUAUGUACUUGGAGAAUUCAAAACCAGUUUUGAUCAAGCAGCUUUUUAAGAAUAGUAAGAAGAGUGCUUAUUUCUUUUUUUUCAUGUUGUGUCACCUCUUCAGGUUCAUGACAUAAGUUAUUUAAAUAAUAAGGGAAAUAUGUCUGCUAAAGGAGAAAAGGCAGAUUCAUCUUGGCCUCGAGGAGGAAAGUUAGCAAAACGAGCUCGCUCGUUUAAAGAGGAUAUUAUUGGUAAAAUUGCACAAAAACGGGGCCCAUUAUCACCUGGAAAAACUUCGAAAUUGAAGGAAAAGGGAGUAGAAGGAGAUUCAGAGACAGAAGAAGUUGGAAAAAGUAGAACAGGAAAUGAAAUAGAAGAUUUAAACACUGAUGUCACAGAUUUAAAAAAUGCUUUACGAUACAUCCAAGAAGUUGUGGAAAAAGAAAAAACUGUAGAAGUUUUGCCAGGUUGUGCCAGCUUGGUGUUAGAAACAGUUUUUAACAUUCAGUCUUCACUGAAGAGGGUGCUUAAUGAUGAUCAGAGCUCAGUAGUUUUAUCUUCAUUCAAUCAGGUUUAUCAAACACUGGCAAAUUUGAUCAAGUGGUCUGAUAAUGCUUUACACUUUAGUAAUAGUUCUUGUCUUACUGUAGGUAAUGUUAAUGAAAUUAUUCAGCAAUUACAAGAUGCUGUUGAAGCUCUGGUGCAACUCUAUAUGAAUAAACUUAAAAACAAAGAUAAGUUGAGUCCUGGUUUGACAGGAUCUUUACAAGAUUCAAUUACAACAAAACCAGACAGCCCUCACAGAAGUUCUUUACCAGAUAUUCCCUUAACACCUCGAGAAUUGGAGAUUUUAGAAAAAACCAAAUUUGCAGAAUUACAUCAAAAAAAGCCACCUUUAGAAACCAAAGGGCGUCACCAUUCAACAUCAUCUGAUAGCAUAUUAAAUUCCUGUUCUCACCAAGUGAAAGAAGACAUCCCGCCUCCUAAGCCACCUCUCCCUUCAAAAAAAGAUUUAAACUUGUACUAUUUGUUUAAUACAGGACACUUGGAACCAGCACCACCAAUUCCUCCAAAAAAACGCAACGUAAAUGGUCCCAUGACUAGCUCUCAAUCUGAUGUUGGAGACUCUUCUAAAAGUCCAUAUGAUGGACAAAAUUCUUGGGGUUACACUUCUGGUAGUGCUUCUCCACUUAUUGCUUCAACUGCAGUUAGAACUGAAGCUGCACCUGUAAGUUUUCCUCACUGGAACAGUCCAUAUGAUUUCUUUUCUUCAACACCUGUCAGUAAAUCUUUGGGGAGUAGCAUAGAUUCAAACUUAGACUACUCAACUGAUGACUUACAAACAAUGAACAUACAAAAAAGUUUUGUUUUUCAUCAGAAGGCACAAGAAGUGAGUCUUCAUCAGAUGGAAUUGUCUCGUAGUGAAAGCUACAGAAAUCUUUCAACAACUAUUAGAUCCCCAGUAUCAUCAAAUUUGGGAGGACAGAUGGAACAAUGUGUUACCCAUACAUUAACAGAAAAUAAGCAGAAUAUUCUAGUAAUAUCAUCAGAUAUUGGAUCAGGAAAUAAUGAUCCCGAACACCCUCCUGCCCUUCCAGCCAAACAGAGAACAACUACUAGGAUUCGUAGGCCAUCACAGUAUGACAAUGUGCCGACGUGUAAUUUUUUACUGGCAGAUACAAAUGGUUUUGCUACUAUGAGCACCUCAGUGUGUUCUCGGGGUCAUAGUCCUCAGCCAAUUUUGGACCAUCAAAACUGGAUAGAUGUUAGUCAUGAUCCAUCUUGCCCAUUUCAUAGCACAAAACAUGUAUCAGAGGCAGGUGAUCCACCACCACUCCCUUUGAAAAAAAAGAACAUAAUGGCAUACAUGCAAACACUGUCUUACCAGCCAGUCGAAGGAGAUAUCUUAUGUCACUCUCAAUAUAUGUUACAGGCAAUGGAGACACGUUGGCAACAACAAAAUUUCACUCUUUCUCAACCACAGUCCUUCAUAACUGCAAGAGUCUCCAGUUCUGAGGAUUCUGUGAUAUCAGAUGGCCAUAGCAGUCUAAGCAGCUUAGAAAGAAGCUUUGGGGAUGAAGAACAACUGGCUUCUCCUGCUACUACACCACCUGCUUUGCCUCCAAAAAAAAGUAAGGUGCCAUCACGAAGAAAAAGCAUUCAGCCACAUGCUUCAACUCGAGAAACUGGAAAUGUUUCCCAAAAACUGGAGAAUAAACCGGAAUCUCCAGUAGAAAAAGAGAGUGGAAAGACAAAAUCACCAACACCAAGUGUAAAAGAAAGUGAGAGUAGUCCUCUUGAUGAAUUGGAAGUUACUCAAUAUUUGAUAUGGAAGAAACCAAAUGAAGAAGGUGCAGAUAUACGAGGUGGUUGUAUAGAUGCUCUCAUUGUUCAGGCUACAAAAGCAGGUAAAAAAGACUUCCUUUAUCAGGAAGCUUUUCUUACAACUUAUCGCACAAUUCUUUCUCCCAUGGAGUUGAUCAAUAAGCUUUUAUACAGGUUCAAUAAAUUUAUUCAUAUGACUGAUGCAAAACAGCGAGCUGCUAGAAAUGUGUUUUCUCUCUUAGUGCGUGUUGCUGAUGACUUGUGUGUGAGUGAUAUUGAAGAUGGUGUUUUUCAUAAACUUUUAGAUUUUAUUUAUCAGUUGAUAAGCAGUGGAGAAUUAACAUUUGCCAAAGUUCUUCGGAAAAAGGUAGUUGAAAAGUGUGAGGCACAUCGUUUUUCCCAGCAAAGCUUGCAAAUCCUCCUUACUUCUUUAAAUGUAAACACUUGUCAGGCAGUGUUGCUGGAUUUUAAGUCCGAAGUCUUGGCAGAACAGAUGACAUUACUGGAUGCUGAACUUUUUCAAAAAAUUGAGAUUCCAGAAGUAUUACUAUGGGUCAAAGAACAAAAAGAAGAUUUAAGUCCUAAUUUGACGUCAUUUACUGAGCAUUUCAACAAAAUGUCCUAUUGGGUAAGGUCACGCAUUUUAGAACAAAAUGAUGCUCGCGAUAGGGAGAAAUAUGUUACCCGUUUCAUAAAAAUCCUGAAACAUCUGCGUAAACUGAACAACUUUAAUUCAUACUUAGCAGUACUUUCAGCACUUGAUUCUGCACCCAUACGCCGUUUAGAGUGGCAAAAAAACAUUACAGAAGGUCUGAAGGAAUACUGUGCAUUGAUUGACAGUUCUUCCUCUUUCCGAGCUUAUCGUCAAGCGCUAGCAGACACAGAUCCUCCAUGCAUCCCAUACAUUGGUCUGAUUUUGCAGGACUUGACCUUUGUCCAUAUUGGGAACAGUGAUUUUCUUCCUGAUGGGAACGUUAACUUCUCCAAGCGCUGGCAGCAAUUCAACAUACUGGAGAAUAUGAGACGAUUUAGGAAUGCUCAUUAUCCUUUCAAGAAGAAUGACCAAGUUAUUGCCUUUUUCAACAGGUUUGACAACUAUUUGUGUGAAGAAUCAAUGUGGCAAAUUUCAGAAGCAAUCAAACCACGAGGUGGUAAAAAGUGUUGAAUGGAUAGGAAACAAAAAGUAUUUUCAAAGUUUUAAUCUUAACUUAUAUUCUUGUGCAUAGAAUACCUCAUAAAGGAAAUAGUGUUUAGGAUUAUCAGAAUGUAAAUCAGUAACAACUGGUGUAGAUUGGUUAGAAGCUCCAGAGAAUUUGUGUAACAUAUGUUAAAGUAUCUUUUUGUCUGUGCUAGUAUGCUUGUAUAUAUAUAUACAUAUAAAUGUACAAUUAUAAAUAUGUAUACACAUUUUGUGAAAUAGUUACUAAUUCUUAGUAUGUGUGAUUUAUGUGCAUUGUAGAUGUUGAUGAUACUAGAUAUUUAACUGUGUGUGUGCAUAAUUUAUUUUUGUUUACACCUUACUUAGCCAAAAUGUGUUCUAUUUCAUUUUGAGCUGGGACCUGUUUCAUUACAGUUGAUUAUUUGAUGAAAUUUAUUGUAUUUAUUUCCUCUCUGCUUUGGAGGAAAAAUCAAAUUUUUCAAACGAAAUUAGGAUAGAUUUAGCUUUUAAAGUUGGAUUAACUUUUAGGCUUUACAACUUGCCAUUAUUAUUAUUAGUACCCUCAGAAUGUGUGUAAGAUAGAACAGCUGUUCAGUUUUUUGUUUUGUUUUUUGUGAGUGUGUGAAUAGAAAGGUAGAAAUUUGUCUAAUGUUUCAUAGGGCAGUUAUAUUUAACAUCUUAGUAACUGAAGUUUUGCACAUUAAAUGUUUAAAAUUGCAUUUCCACACAGUUUAAAAAAAUAAUUGCCAAAAGUAAAAUCAUCAGAAGGAAUUAUUAGCUUGUAAAAAAUUGAAAACUAAAGAGAGCAUAGUAACACUAGUAAUUUUAUGCAACAUUGUUCCCCUAAUUAUACUCACAAUUCUAUAAUUUCAGGGUUUCAGCCUAAAGGAAAUUGAGGCCUUUUUGAUAAAUGUACAUGUAAUUUAAGGAAUAUAUCAUUUUUAAACUCUGAUUGUAAUACAGUUUUGGAUUACUGAACAAAGAAUGCAAUACAUUUUAGACAAAUUGUUAACAGAACAAUGUGAUAGUAAAAACUAAAGCAUUAAUUACAAGGUUAUUUUCUGAUCUGUGUACAUAGCUUGCUUUGAUCAGAAGUUAUAUAAUAACACAGGUGUUAUAUAUAUACAAGCUGAGAAACUUUUGCUUCAGUUUUUUUUUACCUAACUUGGCAAUAUUUACAAAUUUUAAUACUAUUUUAUUUGUUGAUUCCUCUCUUCUAUGUUUAAGAAGUAGUUUUUAUUUGUAUGUUGUUGUAAUAGUACAUUGCUUACCAAUUUGUUUACCAAAAAAGAAAAUACUAAUUGCAGUUGAAUCACAACUAUUUGUCCAGUAAUUGAUCAAUAGCUAUUUCUCCAUGAAAGUGCAAGUUUUUUUGUUUUUUAUAGAUGCUUUUAUAGCAUAAGAAUAGGUCUUGGAACUUUAGGUUGGAUUGUAUUCUAGGUUAGUUUACCUUGCUUCGACAAACAUUGAUAUAGAUGGUAAUAUUUUUACACUCUUGACGGUAAUAGUAUUUGUACAUAUACCAAAACAGAGGGUGCAGCAUACUCAUUUUAGCAGUCAUACAUUUUUAAAUAUAUAUACUUAUUAAACAAUAAGUUUAUAUCACCUAAGUGGAGUAAACUAUAAGUCAUAAUUCUAAUUUAUUUCUUUUCCAAUUUUACUGACAAGUUGUAAGCUAAUCUUAGUAACUAACUUAGAACAACAUUUAUGUAACUUGGUAGCUACACAUGCUGCAAUGCACUACCAUUAAGUUUAAUCUUAAUCUUUUUUUUUUUCAUGUAAAAUUUAUUGUGGAACUUGCCCAAGUUCUUAAGAUAAAUGGUGCUAUGUAUCUAGUGUAAUGCAGAUUAUUCUGGUUUUUUACAGUUUAUAACCUGGUAGUAUUUUUUUGAGAUGUAUACUUUUUUGCUAUUAAUUUUGCCAAUAUUCAAUCAUUAUUUGUACAACUUAUAAUAACAGUUUUAGCAUCAUUUGAUAUCCAAAGAAAUCAGAAUCCAUUUCCAUAAUUCAUGUACCGGACUGUUAGUUAUGCUUUUCUCUCAUGGUUGUUGAAUUUAAUUCAUAAUACCACCCAAAAACUCUUGAAUUUCUGAAAUAUUUCUGUUUUAAUUACAUGACUAUCACACUGAUACUUGGCAAUAUAUCAGGGUUGUGUUACACAGAUUUGUUUAAAGAACAAGUUAAAACACCAUAUGAAAAUUGUAUAAUCUCUUCAAAUCAUUGAUAAAUUAAUAAAGCAUGGGUCUCCUGGUAACUCAUUAGUAAGUCUGAGGACCUUUUUGAUAUUUUCUGGGUUGUCGUCCAAGUGUCUUGCCCUCCAUGGGCCCUUUAAAAAUGUUGAGUUCACUUACUUCUGAGGCGAUACACACCUUUUAACACAGAAAGCUAUUUUCCCCGUGCAUCUGUCUUAGAGAUUUGCAUGCUGUUAACCUCUUGGCAACUCCCACCUAAACUUGCGAGAUUUCUCGUGAUUUGCACUAUUGUAUAGUGGCAUUAUUAUGCAACAAAAGCCCUUCACCAUUAGGGGGGGCAACAAAAUCUCCCUGCAUACUAGCUUCCUCUAUACUUUUGCACUCGUGAUCUUCAUUCUAUUCCUCGGCACUGUACACAUUAGAUGUUUUUUUCUUUGUCAAUUUAAUGAGAUUUGCGAUGUUGAAGGAACUUAAUUUCCUUCUUUAUUUCUUUAAACUAUGAACACUGGUUCAUGUACCAUCUUCUACAGCUUCUGUGAGUGGCUAAUUUCCUCACAUACAUUGUGUAAUAAUGAUGACUUGUGGAGACAUGCUCCUUAGGGAUGAUGUAUCAGCUGUUGUGGAUAGGAGAGUAGGUUUCCUUAUGCUGCCAGGUACUUCAGCCUCCAGUCACUUCUUCAGGCAUUCCUUCCCCUCAUUUGGGGGGGGGGGGUGAGGAGGAUGAAUUUGAUAGUUCCUUCACCUGCUUAGGCUUUGGGAACUUCUCUCCGUGUUGAAGAGAACCUUAAACUUUCUCGCGUUCUUCAGCCUUGAUUUCUCAGAUAUGCAUCAUUCUUUUCCUUCCCCCUUGUGUUAUAUUCUUCUGCUUGUUCCCUCCUUCUUAAUCUUAACCCUAACUCAUGUUAUUUACCAUUCCUGGACCACUUCUGUAUCUGCAACAUUAAACCUCUCCAUUACCAUCUGCCUGAUUAUUUUUUCCUCGAUUUUUCGUCAUUCUGCAUCCCAUUUCAACAUUCUCAUACUAGGGAAUGCCCUUGCCUUUUUUUUGGGGGGGGGGGGCUUUUGGCAUCAGUGUUGCCAUCCAAUACCCAAUACUCCUUUCUUUCCUUGAUCCUUUUUACUAUACUUCUUUACCUAUCCUCUGUACACCUCAAAUAUGAGGCACUUCACCAUGCCCCAGUACACUUUGUGGGUGUUUCUCUUUCCCUUCACUUGUCCACUGUGGCUAUUCCCCUUCUACCUUUUCUGCUCACUCACCUCCUUGUUACUUGAGAUUGUUGGUUAGGGAUACUCUGCUAUCCCAAGUUUGGCUUCUUUUUUCCAUUCUUUCAACCCUUCAUCCAGCCAACUUCUUUGCCCUGAAGUUGGAGGUAUUCCUGAUUUGAUUAAUUCAUGGGCUGAGGCUGCUUAUCAUCAAUCCUCACUUUCAUCAGUUUCUCCACACUGAC